CCUCUAAGACAGACCAGCAAAUCUCCCUGCAAAACCAGCUGACGAAGCUCAGAAACACAGACAACAGUAUGAAGAAAUGGUGGUUCAGGCCAAAAAACGAGAGCUGAAAGAAGCCCAGCGGAGGAAAAAGCAACUGGAAGAAAGGUGCAGAGUAGAGGAAAGCAUUGGCAACGCUGUUCUUACUUGGAAUAAUGAAAUUUUACCUAACUGGGAAACAAUGUGGUGCUCUAGAAAAGUUCGAGAUUUAUGGUGGCAGGGAAUCCCUCCAAGUGUGAGAGGCAAAGUCUGGAGCUUAGCCAUUGGCAACGAGUUAAAUAUCACCCACGAACUUUUUGACAUCUGUCUUGCCCGAGCCAAGGAGAAGUGGCGGUCCCUGAGCACGGGAGGUUCUGAAGUGGAGAGUGAAGAUGCUGGGUUUUCAGCAGCAGACAGAGAAGCUAGUCUGGAACUUAUUAAACUGGACAUUUCUAGAACAUUUCCUAAUCUCUGCAUUUUCCAGCAAGGCGGUCCAUACCAUGACAUGUUGCACAGUAUUUUGGGCGCUUAUACUUGCUACCGACCGGAUGUGGGUUAUGUUCAGGGCAUGUCCUUUAUAGCAGCAGUAUUGAUCUUGAACUUGGAUACUGCAGAUGCCUUUAUUGCUUUUUCUAAUCUUUUGAAUAAACCCUGUCAAAUGGCAUUUUUCCGAGUGGAUCAUGGCCUUAUGUUGACUUAUUUUGCUGCAUUUGAAGUAUUCUUUGAAGAAAAUUUGCCGAAAUUAUUUGCUCAUUUCAAGAAGAACAACUUAACUCCAGACAUCUACCUAAUUGAUUGGAUUUUUACCUUAUAUAGUAAAUCUCUGCCCCUCGAUCUGGCCUGUCGUAUCUGGGAUGUGUUCUGCCGAGAUGGGGAAGAGUUCUUGUUCCGCACGGCCCUGGGCAUCCUGAAGCUGUUUGAGGACAUCCUGACGAAGAUGGACUUCAUCCACAUGGCCCAGUUCCUGACCAGGCUGCCCGAGGACUUGCCUGCAGAAGAGCUGUUUGCUUCCAUUGCCACGGUUCAGAUGCAAAGUCGGAACAAAAAGUGGGCUCAGGUACUGACUGCUCUGCAGAAAGACAGCAGGGAAAUGGAGAAAGGGAGCCCAUCCCUCAGACACUGAGGCUGCAGAUGUGACGCGCGCUCAACAUGGAGGCAAUACUCCAGCGGCACCCGUGUGGUUUCAGACUGACUCCGGGCAAUCUAGAAGAACCGGGCCUCUUUUUGAUUCCUAACCCUGGAAACACUGGAGUUGGCCUUAAACAAAACAAACAGGAAAAACUUCUAAAGAAUUAAACCAAGGCUUAGCCUUAAGAAGCUCAGUGAACAAUGCCCUGGUGUUGGCCACAGCCAACCACUAUGUUUUCUGCAUGGUUUAAAGAUAGGGCAGUGGCUAACUUCCUCCCUCCUUUAUUUCAGCAAAAGUUAAUUAAAUUGUCAUGCUUUUAUGUCAACAACUGGAAAGUACAUUACAAUCUUUCUUAUCCAGGAGCCUGCAUGAGAAAUGUUAUUUGGAAGACCUAAGAGAUAUUAUUGGUUCAUAUUUACGUAUUUUAGAUAAAAAGGAGAUUGAGUUACUGAGGUAAUCUUUCCAAAGCUGGAGGUUAUGUUCCUAAAACCCACCUACCAAAGACAGCACUAAAGGAAAGCAGGCUCUCUGAGGAAGGUGCUCAGUGCCCAUGGGCUCCCUGGGAAUCAGCCCAACCUGCUUGUUGACAUUUUAUCAUGUUGCCCUGACAAAAUUAUAGCAGAAAGGCUGAAAUACACACUGAGGUUCCAGUGGGGACCUGCUCUCUGAAAGAUCACUCCUUGCGUCUGCUGAGCAAGGGUGGAAAGUUUGAGCAGGAGGACCGAUUUGCAAAGAAGGCCUGUGGCAAUACAGACAGGUUUAGGAGUUGAUGGAAAACAGAAUGACAACAGCUCCCCUUUGAGUAAAAUGUUGGGGAAAGAGAAUGUGGAGACUUGCCCUCUUCCAUCCUACCUGUUUUUAUAGAGGUCGGUAAAAUAGCACCACCACCACCCACCCCACCCCCACUACUCCUGUGCUCUAAGAAUGUUCUCCUUUGCCUCUGUCCCCUGAAUAGCUGCUCCGUCCUAAGUGCCAGUGAGGCCCUCCUUGCACUUUGGCUUUAGAAUAAAUGCUUCCUACCCUGUUGUAGAGGUGGGGGAGUGGGCAGCAUCUGACAGCCCAGACAGCCCAGUCAAAACUCGAAGUAUCUGGACCAUCAGCCCUUUCCCAUUUGAGCUGGCUUUCCCAAGGUCAUUGGUAAAUUUUAUGUUCUAGCUUUUCCUUGGCUAAUUUUGAGAAUUUUGUAUAAGAACUUUUGCUAUCCAAAUCGACAGACAUGAACAGUUUUUGCACAGAAUAGCCUGAACAACAGGCUAGUGUCUGUGGAAGCAGGCUCCUACAUGAUGUAACCAGCUGGUCUUUGGGAGCGCCCAACAGACCAGGUUUGGAGGCACAGUGAGCUGUGCAGGAGUGCCUCCGUAUGGUCUGCACUCUACGGCCCCAUAGCCAUACAUACUGCCCACAGGGAGCACUCCCAUGGCUGAUCUAGUUUCUGAUUUUGAGGCGUCUUUGGCUCCUUCAGUAUAGCAUGCAAUGGGAGAUGGACUGGGGGCUAGGGAGUAAAGCCUAACUGUGGCAUUAUUUUUCUAGAUUUUCUAUUGCUGCCAUACAGCUAAUGACUCUUCUAGGUUCAGUAACAAGUUGCCGACCGCGGGGUCGUCCUCAUGCCUUCCAUCCCAACUCUGAACCGUGUGCCAUUUGUCCUGGAAUCUCCUUUCUUCCCCUUCUAUUCUUAACUGACUCUCCAGGGAGGUUGCUGAGCACCAUGGAUACCUUUCUGCCUCAGCCUUUAAAUGCUGACUCGCCUCCCCUCUUGGAGGAGGCGUCCUGUCUUCACUGGAGGUCUUAGCAGCCUCCAGACCUAGCCAUUUUCUGACAUCUGGAUGCUGAAUGUAACCCAGGCUGAGCUGGGCUGCGGGGGUGGGGGCUUGAGCCCUGUGCACUGUUGCUCCUUGCAAAUGUACUUAUUUUUGUUCCAUGAUGUGGGUGUUCUGUUCUUUAAAGAUGUAUAUAUUUUCUUACUGUACAUAAAGAUGUUCCUUAAGUCAUACAGAAAGAGAUGCAACAAGGGGCCUGUACAGCUCGUUUAGAAUGCAGUUGUAAACUGUGUGUGUAUUCAAAACUCAGCUCUUAGCAUUUCUUGUCAAGCAGUUUGACACAGAUCCUUUUGGAUAGUACCACCUAUGCAUUAAGUCCUUAAACAGAAUUCGAUGCCAAUCUGGAAUGUACACCAUAUCUGGAGUUCAGAAAAGUUUUUUUUUUUUUUUUUUUUUUGAGACAGUCUCAAGC